UUGAUUUCACCCAUAAAUAUUCCUGCAAUCAUCUUCUGCUUUCAACUUUUGCUUCAACCCAUUUCUUUCAUCUUUGCGAGAAGGAGACCAUGGCUGAAAUGAUCCUCAGUUUCGUGGUGGAUGCAACUUUGUCCAGGGUAGCUUCGCUCAUCACCGAUGAAAUCAUCGGUGCUUGGAAUCUCAAGGACGACCUGAAAGACCUUCAAGAUUCCCUCACCAUGAUUAGUGGUGUGCUUCAAGAUGCAGAGGAGCAGCAAACCAGAAAGGAGCAUGUCAGGCUCUGGCUGAAGAAGCUCAAAGAAGUAGCUUAUGAGGCCGAGGAUGCCUUUGAUGAGUUGGCCUAUGAGAAUCUUCGACGAAAGGUUGAGAUGCAAAGGCAAGACCAAUCAGGAACAGAGAUACGAAACUGUUUUUCAUUCUCCAAAGGCACUCGUUGUGUUAAAAAGGCAGCACUUCAUUUCAAAAUGGCCCACAAAGUUAAGAAUAUAAAUGAAUCGUUGAAUAAGAUUAAGAAUGAUGCUAUGGGUUUUGGACUUCAGAUUAUAUCAAGACAGCCUCAAAUGAACUUGGAUCGGCUGACAAACUCAGUCCUUGACAACCCAGUUAUGGGGAGGGAAGCUGAUGUCUCUAAGAUUGUGAACUUGCUGAGCUGCUCCUGUGACCAAGUUCUUACCGUUGUUCCCAUAGUGGGGAUGGGCGGUCUGGGAAAGACAACGUUAGCUAAACUGGUGUGUCAAGAAGCAAUAGAAGGAAAAAAGCUUUUUGAUCUUAAAAUAUGGGUCUGUGUCUCUGAUCACUUUGAUUACGGAAGAAUUUUAGGGGAAAUGCUGCAAACUCUUGAUGGAAGUAUGGGUGGAGUUACCAACAUAGAUGCAAUACUUGGACAUCUUACAAAGGCGUUGGAAGGCAAAAAGUUCCUACUAGUUCUUGAUGAUGUUUGGAAUAAUGAAUCUGAGAGGUGGAAUGAGUUGAAAACUUGUUUGAUAAGAAUUAUUAGAAACAAUGGAAAUGCUAUUCUUGUCACAACUCGUACGGAGGAAGUGGCAUCAAUAGUGGAGACUUCUACUCAUUACAGGUAUAAACUGGGUGGGUUAUGUCAUGAUUCAUGCUGGUCCAUUAUGAAGGAAAGGGCACUGAUUGGAAGUGGAAGAACACCAAUCCCCACAGACUUGGAGGGCAUUGGAAGGGAGAUUGCCAAAAAAUGUGGAGGAGUUCCAUUAGCUGCAAAAGUUUUAGGUGGGACAAUGGGCUUCAAAAUGGAUAAGGAAGACUGGUUGUCAAUUGGAAGCAAUGAUGUUUUGAAUGCAUCAGACGGUAGAAAAGAUAAUGUUGAGUCUAUAUUGAAGCUCAGUUUUGAUCACUUGCCUUCAUAUCUGAAGUCAUGUUUCACAUAUUGUUCAGUUUUCCCGAAAGAUGCUCUGAUUGAAAAAGAACUAUUAAUUCGGUUGUGGAUGGCUGAAGGUCUUGUAGGAUGCAAUGAAGAUGAGGGCAACAAGUAUUUUAAUGCCUUAAUUCAGAAUUCCUUUUUCCAAGAUGUUGAAAGGGAUAAAUAUGAGAAUGUUAAAUGGUGCAAGAUGCAUGAUCUUGUGCAGGACCUUGCAUUGUCACUUUCAAAUUCUGAGACAUGGACUGUGGAAAAUUGUUCUGCUGCUGAUGACAUAUCACUCAUUCGUCGUGCACAUGUGGAUAGCCAAAAUGCAUCCAUUUUAGCAGGUGGUGGUAAGAAGUUGCGUAGUUUAUUCAUAGAUGGUUUUGAGCUUGAUAAUUCUUGGAAGCUGAAAAGCUUGCGGGCCCUACACUUCAUGAUUCCUUAUAAUAUCAAAAAGUUGCCAUCUUCAGUUGGUAAGUUGAAACAUUUGAGAUUUCUUGACGUCUCAGGGACUGACAUCGAAGUGUUGCCUGAAUCCAUCACCCAGCUCUAUAAUUUGCAAACAUUGAGAUUCCUUUGGUGCUACAUACUUAAGGAGGUUCCUAGAAAUAAAAUAUGCAAUCUGAUCAGCUUGAGUCACAUUGAAUUUAAUAAUGAUGACCAUAUGCCAUCUAAGGUGGGGCAGAUAACUUGUCUCCAAACACUAUCACUAUUUGUUGUGGGUCCAAAUAGGGGAGGCAGCAUUCAAGAAUUAGAAUGCUUAAAUCAACUAGGUGGCAAGUUGAAAAUAACUCAUCUUGAGGAGGUGAGAGACAAAGAAGAAGCCAAGAAGUCAAAUCUACAGGGGAAAAAGAAAUUAAAAGCCCUUAAAUUUGAAUGGAGUGAUGGAAGAGAAAGCAACAGUAAUGAUGAGCAAGUGUUGGAAGGUCUUGAGCCUCACCCAAACAUAGAGAGAAUAAAGGUAGAAAGUUACAUGGGUGAAAAGUUCCCGCUGUGGCUGUAUAUGAUGAAAAUUUCUAGUGAAGGCAAUUCUUUUACAGUAUUCGAUAAGUUGGUGGAGCUUAAAUUGAGCAAUUGUAGAUGCUGUGAAGAACUCCCAAGGCUUGGACAUCUUCCUCGUCUUAAAACGCUCAUAAUAGAAGGAAUGCCUAACAUAAGAUGUAUAGGGAAUGAAUUCUAUGGCAUUGACAGUGGAAGCACAAGCAAUGGAGGGAAAUCGUUUCCAGCAUUAAAAAAAUUAGACUUCAGUUACAUGAAGAGUUUAGUUGAAUGGAAGGCACCAGCAGUAGAUGAAGGAGGCGAAACAUCUGUAUUUUCUUGCCUUGAAAAAUUGAACAUUGUGCAUUGUCCCUUGUUGGCAAAAAUUCCAUUAAGUGAUAGUUCAUCGCUUGUCACAUUGGAAAUCGUAAGUUGUGAACAAUUGAUUUACUUAUUUGAAGAACUGCAAGUACACUCCUUCCCCUCUCUUAAAAGCAUUACAAUUAGACGGUGUCAUAAAUUAAUUUGUCUUCCAAGUGGACUGAAAUCCUUCACUUCUCUGGAAUCAUUGGUGAUAAGUUACUGCCACGGCCUAACAUCUGUUCCCGAAUAUUUAGGAGAAUUGCAUUCUCUUCGUCUUUUAGAAGUAACAGACUGCGAAAUGCUGAGUUGCUUUCCAGAGACAAUAUUAGGAGGCCUCACCCGAUUAAGGGAAUUAAGAAUUGGUGAUUUCUCGGAGGAGUUGGAUUCUUUCGCUUAUCUGAAUUCAAUCCAAGACCUCUCAUCCCUUGAAUCCUUAACUAUAUAUGGAAAUCGUAAAGAUAGAAUAAAGUCUCUGCCAGAUCAACUUCAACGCCUCACUACCCUAAACUCAUUGUUUAUAUGGUAUUUCUAUGGAUUAGAAGCUUUGCCAGAGUGGUUGGGCAACCUUUCGUCUCUUCGAUUUCUUGGUAUUGUGAGUUGUAAGAAUUUGAAGUAUUUUCCUACAGCUACAGCCAUGCAACACCUCUCCAAAUUAACGAAUCUCUCUAUUGGGAAUUGUUCCUUUCUUGAGAAUAAUUGCGCCGAAGGAAGUGGCUCUGAGUGGUCCAAGAUUUCUCAUAUCCCAGACGUACAAAUAUCGCAUUAAUUACCAGUUUUGCUUUUCUUUGGGCGUGGACACUGCACUAGCUUUAUAUGGAAUACUCAGGUUCAUUAAGUAAGAAUGAUUUCUACCAACUUCCAUUUUUGUAACAUUUACAUCAACAGCAGCAUGGCAGAUGACAGGAAUGAUGCAGAUACAAAUGGAGAUUUUUAGUAAGAACGAGUUAACGGCACCAAGAAAGAGAAACGGCCAGCUUCAUUAACUUGUUUUCUAUGGAACAGAUAAAUAUUCACAAUUAAAGAAGAGAAGCAAGCAUGUCUUCAUUUGGGGUCAGUAUUGAAAGUACAUUUGAUUUCUAGAUUCUCUGCUUUUUCUUGGAUAGCAUAGGGCAGAGGAUCAUACUGACUUAUGUGCAUAAGUUGCAGAGAGUUUACAAAUCUUGAGGCUUGUAAGCUUGUGUUGAAAUUUCUUAUGAUCUAUAUGUUCCAGGAAAAUGGUUAAUUUUGUAAGGGUUGAAUCAUUUGCAAGUUCUUGGUGGACCUGAUGCACUUGAAGAACUUGUUGAUUGGUAUCAUUAUUAAUACUUAUUCCAAAUUGUCUUUGCUCUCAAUUAAACGGUCUUACGCAAAAGAUCACACUUCCUGUUUAUUGUUGCAGCAAUAGAUUUGGCGGCUCCAGUUCCACUUUCUCUUAUGGUGAUUUUCAUCACAAGGUAGCUUUGCAAUU